UCUGUGAAUAUGGCUGUUAACAAAUCACCUGUGAUUGAUAAAUUUGGAAUAAUACCUCCGUCUUAUCAUGGAAAACACGUAAAAUUAAAUUUUCAAAAUUUAAAUGGAAAAGAGAGUCAUAAAGCAAGGCCAUCAUUUUCAAUCACAGAGGAAUUCAUCUUGAAGUUCAAUCAAACACAAAAUUCCAUAGAGGAGGAAGAAUUGUUGGAAAUAGCUAGAAAACACAUUCUAAGAUGUAAGCGAAAAUUGGGUCUCAAAACGCUGGGCUCUGGGCAACAUGUACAUCUUCCUGCUGCAUGGACUGAAGUAAUAUAUCUGGCUCAAUGCAAAGGAGAAAUCCAAGAUGAAGCCUUAAAUAUGCUUUAUGCUUCCCUGGACCAUGCUUGCUUUGAUUAUGAUCAUCUGCCUGCCUUAUUUUUUGUUGCGGAAUCAGUUUUACAUAGACUCUGUUGUGAUGCAUUCCUAAAGACAUACUUAUAUUCAGUUGAAAUAAAGCUGACAAAGAUUGGCUAUUUGGUUUUCUUACGACUUUUUAUAUUUUUCCUGCAUGGUCACCUAGAAAAUUUUAAACAACAUUUACUUAGGCUUCAACCAUAUUUAUACGCACUUUCUCUCUCUGAAGAAUCGUAUUACAAGUACCCAAACAUCUUUUCGAAUGUGCUAUUCAUUUUGAAAACCUCGGAAAUUAUAUGUAAAAGGGAACUGCCUUCUGAAUCAAUCUUUGGCCUUGUGGAAAAUGAGGAAAGAUAUGAGGACGUAGAUUCUGAUAUGAAACAUUUGCAACUUAAUCACAAAGGAUAUGAAGUUAACCACCUCCUCUGGCACUGUGUUGCUGCUUGGUCUUGUGUUCAGAAUAACAGCCCUCAGUUGAAUGACGUGCUUGAACAUCUCAUCGUUCAUAAAACACAGCUUCAAAAGAAAUGCUGGUUGGAUUCAGUGCUGGCUUUGUUGAUCCUGGGGGAGGCUGCCAAAUUAAACAUGGCCUGCUUGAAAGCUUUAAUGGACCUAGUGAGAGAUUUUCUUUCAAGCAUUAUGUCUGUUCAGAAUCAGGAGGAAAGCUGCAAAGUAGAUGAUUUUUCCUGGGCCUGGAAUGUGGUUUAUCUAUACACAACAAUUCUUGCAGAAAUCUGCUUGUAUGCGGCCACUUCUGAUUUACGAAAAACUGCUUUUGUUGGUUUCUGUGACUGUAAAAGUUCACGAAAAAAUAUUUUACCCAUGGACAAAUCAGAAAAACAGCCAGAAUUACGAGAAACAAGUAUUUUAAGUCUUUUGGAAUAUUUCUCUUCAAAAAUGUCAGAUAAUUGUGAUCAAGUGGUCUGGAUUGGAUACUACGGUUUAGUGUAUAACCUGGUGAAAAUGUCAUGGGUACUUCAGGGAGAUGAGGAACAGGAUGGACUUAGAAACAUAAUAUGGCAAACAUUGCAGAAGACAAAGGAUUCUGAGAAAGAUGCACGAAUCCAAAAUGCAAUAAAUAUUGCUCAGGCUGAGCUAAAUGACCCAACUGAUCCUUUCACUAGGUAUAGUACAAAAGUUUCAUCAAAUGUAGGGGAAGAAGUUUUCUCCAAAUACAUUGGAUGGAGAAUUGCCAAUGCACUUUCCAAACUAUUCUUUCCCUCCACUGGUGCCCCUGUCCUUCCUUUGAAGAAACCAUCUAUGAAAGGGGAUCAAAUGAAACAUCUGAAUAAAAAACAGGAGUCCAUGAAAAAGAGAGUUCUACACUUUACUGUAAGGGAGCAUCCUUCUUUAACAGAACUUCCCAUGUUUCCGUAUCCAGAUUUCUUCACCAGGGCGGAUAAAGAGUUGGCAAAAAUCAUUGACCAUCAUUGGCAGGAAGAACUAAAGGUCCGACAGAGAGAAGAUGCAAUAUGUGAGGCCCAAGAACUUAAAGAUAAAGAGUUAGAGAAGAAAAAUCACUUCCAAGAAAUUAUGAAGAAAAGAGAAGAGAAACUGCAUAAGCAAACCAAACCCUAUGAGCUUCCUCCUAGGACUGAAGUAACUUCAUUAGAAAAAAAAAUGACACCCCCAAAAAUUGAUGUCUACAUGCCAGAAAUUCAUAACCCAAAAGAUACCAAGACAGCUAUGUGUUAGGAGAAUUUGUUUGUAAUUAACUUGAGGCAUUUUUUUAAGAACAGAGUUGUUAUUCUAGUGCAAGCUGUUUAAUAGUCAUUUCAUAGUCCUAAAUUAAUAGUCAACUUUUAAUCACACUUGAGUGAAGUGAUUUCACCAGUUAAAAAUUUCCAAGACAACAGCCAGUGCUUUUCUCGAUUGAUUAUCUCAUUAUUGUACAGCAUACUUGAUAACUGAUUCUCAG